AUGGCUGCAUCCAACAAUUCUCAAACUUCAAAUACCGUAGACGAAUGUUCAAUUUGUUUGCUUCCAUUGACACAACAAGGUCUCGAUAUAUUUACUACGGCAUGUAAACAUCAAUUUCAUUUUCAAUGUUUGGCUAAAAAUGUUCAAGCAAAAAACAAUGAAUGCCCUUUAUGUCGAACUCGUCUCGAUUCAUUGGUGGAUCUACUCAAUACAUCAUCAAAUGUGAAUACAUCCGUACCUAUUCAACAAGUUCUAGCACAACCGGCACUACCUAUACAAGCUUCACCACCACAAGCAAAUAAUACAGGUGUUUGGAGUACAUUAACGAAAUCACUAAGCAAUGCAUUUAGUUGGAUUACUAGUGGUUCCAACAGACAUUCUGUAUUUAACGUUUUUACCAAUACUGCUUCAUCAGAAGAUCUUAUUGAUGAAGAAGCUGUUCGCAUUCUUUCAGCUCGUAUUAGUGCUGCUCGACAACAAUCUAUCGAAGGACAUACUGAAUUUCCUUUGAUUACCGCAAUGACUACACUAGAAUUUGGUGCUCAAGAAUCAACAAAACAAUCAAAUAUUUAUGGAAUGGUUACAUUAAAAGCUCCUUCAUUACUUUCUAAGACAGCAACUGAAAAAGAACUUGAUGAAUUACAUGUUCCUAUUGAUCUUAUUUGUGUUGUUGAUCAAAGUGGUUCAAUGUCGGGAAACAAAAUAGCUUUAUUAAAAGAUACAUUAAAUUAUCUUGUUGAUCAAAUGGGUUCAUUAGAUCGAUUAGCUAUUAUUUCAUUUGAUACAAGAGCAUUCGAUCGAUCACAAGGUCUUAAACUAAUGACAACACAAAAUAAACAAACUCUUCGAAAUGCAAUCACGCAUCAUAUUCAAGCGGAUGGUGGUACAUAUAUUGGUAAAGGUCUUGAAAUGGCAAUUCAAUUAUUGAGAAAUCGUCGAACAACUAAUCCAUUAGGUGCUAUGCUUGUUCUUACUGAUGGUCAAGAUAAUGAAUAUCAUGAUUAUUCGAAAUUAAUGAAGUCAUUACCGGAAGGUGUUGUUUGUCAUACAUUUGGUUAUGGUGUUGAUCAUAAUGCUGCAUUACUUUCUCGAUUGGCUGAACAAGGUCAUGGAGGUACUUUUACUUAUAUCGAUCAAGUUGAUGCAGUUGGUCAUGCAUUUGCUACAGCCAUUGGUGGAAUUUUUACAUGCAUUGCAAAACAAUUAUGUAUUAAAUUACAAUUCAAUGAUGAUUAUAAAGUUACUCAUACUCAUACAAUUUAUCAACAUGAACCGAAACAUUUACCAUCACGUGAAAUAACAUUUAAAAUGACUGAUCUUAAUGCUGAUGAAAGUCGAAAUCUUGUUUUCCAAUUACAUGUACCAAAAAUCAAUCCUUCAGAUGACAAUAAUUCAAAUGAUCAUACUAUUGGUCAUGUAUCUCUUGAAUAUAUAGAUACGAAUACUGAUCAGAAAAUUCAUGCUCCUCAUGUUCCAUUUAUACUUGCUCGUCCGAAUCAAAUAGAUCCUCAAUCAUCACUUCUACAAGUCAAUUAUGAACUUGAUAUACAACGUAAUCGAUCUGAAACAAGUCACGUAUUGAAACAAGCAGUUGAAGAAAAUGAUUACCAGCGUGUUCGUGAUAUGAUCAAUGCUCAAAUAGCUAAAAUUCGUUCAUCAGUUUCAGCUGAAGAUCCCUUAUGUCAACAGUUAAUACAUGAUUUGGAGUAUCGAUAUUCGAAUCAACAAGAGUUUCGAACAACCAUGACCAAUAUGUAUAUACAACAUGGGCAAGAACGUGCAACGUAUUCAACGGGUGCAACAGUUAGUUCAAGUUGUUAUAUGACAUCAGGUCAAGAACGUGAUGCUAAUGUAUGCAAGUUAGUUGAAGAUGUACCUAUUCCUGAAGUAAAAUCUCAAGAAGUAUUGAUUCGUGUGCAUGCUGCUGGUGUCAAUCCAGUAGAUACAUAUAUUCGAUCUGGUACAUAUGCUCGUCUACCUAAUUUACCGUAUACUCCUGGUGCCGACUGCGCUGGUGUUAUUGAACGAGUUGGUAGUGAAGUUACUAAGUUUAAGGUUGGUGAUCGUGUGUUCACACUAAAAACUGUUACAGGCACUUAUGCUAAAUAUUGUGUUGCUCGUUCUGACUCUGUUUUUCCUUUACCAUCAAGCAUUUCAUUUGAAGAAGGUUCAGCUCUUGGUACGCCCUAUUUCACUGCUUAUCGAGCCCUUGUUAUCAAGGGUCAUGGAAAACUCAAUGAAACAGUUUUAAUUCAUGGUGCUAGUGGAGGAGUUGGUAUUGCAGCUGUACAAUUAGCAAAAUCGCUUGGUUUACGUGUUAUAGGUACAGCAUCUACUGAACAAGGUUUACAAGCAGUGCGUAAUCAAGGUGCUGAUCUUGUAUUUAAUCAUAAACAAGAAGGAUAUCUUAAAGAUAUAGAAAAUGCUUCGAUAAAUAAUGAAGGAAUUGAUUUAAUAAUUGAAAUGUUAGCAAAUGUUAAUUUAAAUUAUGAUUUACAAUUGCUUAGAUCGAAUGUUGGCCGAGUUGUUGUUGUCGGUAAUCGUGGUACAGUUGAUAUUAAUCCUCGACUUUUGAUGGCUAAGGAAACAAGUAUUUGUGGCGUGACGUUAUCUGGUUCAACUGAAGAUGAAAUUCAAAUGAUAAAUGCUUAUUUACAAGUUGGUCUUAAAAAUGGUAAUUUAAAACCAUUCCUUGGUCGAAUAUAUCCAUUAGAACAAGCAGCACAAGCUCAUACAGAUAUUAUUUGCAAUAGUGGUACAUGUGGAAGACUUGCCCUUAAAAUAUAA